AUGCUUGAUCUCAAGAUGAAGGAAACGUGUCGCAUCUGUGGACGGGAGCUCUGUGGUAACCAGCGACGAUGGAUCUUCCACCCCACUGCCAAACUCAAUCUGCAGGUGCUGCUGUCUCACGCCCUCGGGCAAGAGCUGACCCGGGAUGGCAGAGGAGAGUUCGCCUGCUCUAAGUGCACCUUCAUGCUGGACCGCAUGUAUCGCUUUGACACAGUGAUUGCCCGAGUAGAGGCACUGUCCAUCGAGAGGCUGCAGCGGCUCCUACAGGAGAAACAUCGGCUGAGGCAUUGCAUUGGAGGUCUCUACCGAAAAACUAAUUCAGAGGAGGGUGCUGUAACAAUAACUGGGGGUAAUGAAGGACCAGGAGAUGGGAUGGUGGACAUUUCAGGUCUCACUCGCAAGUACUGCGCCCUGCUCCAAGACGACAUGGUUUACUCUUUGUAUGAGUCCUGGGCCGAGGACGGUCUCGACUCUCAGCACCACUACCCUCAGUGUGCUGUAGGUGCGGGUUCAGAGGUAACAGUUGCAGGCUCACAUCGAUGUGUACAUAGCACACCCAGGAAGUGUCGUGGAUGUUCGUAUUGGCGAGUUGCAGACUCGGACUAUGAAGCUGUUUGUAAGGUGCCAAGGAAGCUGGCAAGAAGUAUUUCCUGCGGGCCGUCAACCAGAUAUUCAGCCAGUGUUAUCGGAGGGAGUGUGACAGGAGAAGCAGGAGAGAAGAAACAUGUGGAGGAUUCAGAAGAAGCCCCUUCCUCUUUGACUCUGGUCCCUGGUUCUCAGGACCCCUCAAGGAAGUCUGACAGCGAUCGCACCCUGGCAGGACAAGCCAGCUCCAGCCCUUCCAUAGCAUCCUUGGAGACAACCGAGGAGUAUAUCCACCCUGGAGGCUUAACGGAUGGACUCCUCAGCUCCCCAAGGGACCCUAUUGAUGAUCGGUUAUACGACUCUCUCUCUGAGGAGCGCGCGGGAGCCUCACAUGACCCAGCCUCACCCGGACCCAGCCUCUCUCUGGCUUUGUGUUUGCUGCAGAGCUACACCAUCUACAGACCGGUCCGGAGCUCUAAGGGGAGCAAGCUGCCAGUCCUCCUCAGACGGAGCUCCAGUAACGGAGGCCUAAGACUGGACCUCCCUAAUCCUGUUCUGGGAUUCUCUUAUGAAACUCAAGUUGGAGAAAGAGACAACCACAUAAGAACACCUGAGCUGGAGACCCCCCUGAUCCAUUUCAGCAUUCAGAAUCUGAAUCUGGCUGACAUGGAAGAAUUAAUGCAAGAUUUGUACAAAGAGUAUCCUCGCCCACCUCCUCACCAGAGCCUGGUUGAAGAGCAGCAAAGCCAACUAAACCAGUACGAGUGUGCAGCUGGUCAGUGUGUGAGUGAGCUGCAGAAGGCCCAGCUCCAGGUCCAGUCCCUGCAGGCAAAGAUCCACGAGAGUGAGGCCAACAAUAUGAAGCUGCAGGAGAAGCUUAAUGAGAUGGAGUGUGAGCUGCGUUCAAUCCGUCAGGCGGCUCAGAGUCAAGAAAGAACCAUUCAGGGUCUAACGGAGUCCAUCGGCAGCAAAGACUGCGAGGCCCAGGAGCUGUACCAGCUGAUUGAAGGGCAGAACACCACGCUGUGUAAGCUGAGAGAAAUGGCUCACCACAACCAGCUCUCUAAAUGCAAGGCUCCAGAGGGGGUCAGUGAGUCCUUAACUCUUGCACUGCAAGCAGAGCUGGUGGGGGUGCAGAGCUCCCUGUUCUCCCUUGCUGAGCUGGAGGCCAGCCAGAGGAGUCUGAGGCAGAGCCAGAGACAAGGAGAGGACCUGGUGCAGUUUAAGGAUCGACUCAACUCUGAUCUGCAGGAAGCUCUGCAGCACAGGGAGGUCACUGAGAAACACAACCAGGACCUGCGCAGCGCCCUUCAGAAAACUCGCUCUGAUCUUCAAGCCAAAGAAUCCGCUCUGAAGGAGAGCGAGGCAGAGAGAAACACUUUGGUGCAGGAGAAAGAGAGGAGCAUCACACAGCUCAAACACUCUCUGGAGGACAAGGAGCAACAACUACAGGAGUACUCUGAGAUGUUAGACUCAGCAGGAAGCUCCAAACCAAGAGAUGCUCUACUGGAGAAACUUAAAGAGAGGGUUAAAGAUAGAGACAGAGCUCUGGAGCGCUCUAUUGAUGACAAGUUUCGCUGCGUGGAGGAGCGCGAGGAGCAGGUGAGGAGGCUGCAGCUGGCCCUCAGGGAGAAAGAGCGAGACCUGGAGAGACUGCGCUGCAUUCUGUCCAACAACGAGGAGACCAUCACGAGUCUGGACGGCUUGGUGCGCAGUAAAGAGCUGGAGCUGGAGCAGGCAGCCGAGGCAUACCGGAACCUGCAGUGGCUGAAGCAGCAGACCGAGGAGAAGGAGAGAGGCACUCAGAGAGAAAAAGACACCAUCAUCAAUCAGCUACAGGCAGCCCUACAGGCACGCAGUCAGGAGACACAGGAUCUGACAGCUGCCCUAGUUGCCAGAGUUCAUGCUGGUCCUUCUGAGGUUGUAGAGGAGUUGAAAGCUCGACUGGCGUUGAAGGAGAAACUCUUUGAAGAGCUUCUGUCAGACCGCAGCCGUCAGUCGAAUGAACACCAGGCUCAGGUGCAGGACAUGCUUAACACUCUGAGCUCCAAAGACCAGUAUCUGCAGGACUACUCUUACAGGCUCUCGGUUGUGAUCACAGAGCAGACAGGUCAGCUGCAGGAGCUGCGCAGACAGCUGUCAUUAAGAGAGCAGGAGCUGUGUGUGCUGAAACGAGAAAAGGAGAGAGAGAUGAUGGGAGGAGAAACAGAGCACCUGCGGAGUCUGCUCAAAGAGAAAGAAGCCUUCAUAAAGGAGCUGAUGCAGAAUCAAGAAGAGACCAUGCUGCCGUCCUCUAAAGAGAGCGAUGCAGAAAUAAAUGCUCUGCAGGAGGAGUUGCAACUGGUGCUGAAGAAGGAGAGGGAGGCUCAGAAGGAGCUCUCUGCUCUGCGUCUGUCUUUGUCUCACCAGCAGGCUACAAGAGCGGACAACGCGGAUCAUCAAUGUCUGCUGGAGCAGCUUGUUUCAGAGUACAACAAGCUGAACAAUGCCCUGAAGGCAGAAAAGAGAUUAUACCAAAAUCUGGCACACAUUCACACUAAGAGUGACAGCUCAGAGAAGAUCCAGGCCCUGCACACUGAGCUGGACUCAGUUCAGGCGCUGCGCACACAGCUGGAGGAGGUUCUUGCAAGGACCCGAAACAUGGCCCUUCUGAUGGAGCGGGCAUCUAAAAGGCCGCCCGACUUUGGAGAGCUCAGCACAGAGGAGGAGGAAGAAGAAGAAGAGGAGGGAGAAAUUAAAGAUGGCAGCAGUGACGAGUUCUCCGACAGCAUAGAGGAGGAUGAUAAAGCGACAGCCAGACGUUUUCAGGCUCGUGAAUCUGAGGCUGUAACAGGAGCACCAAUGAGGAGUUUACUUUCCCGCAGAGCAGAUGUACAGCAACUUGAAGAGGAAAAGAGGACACUUGAAAGCCAGCUUGAAGAAAUGAAGUUCCAGCUAGAAAGGAAUGGAUACAACUCUGUGUCUCAGAUGAGGAGUGCACUGCAGAGAUUACAGCAGGAGAGUCUGGCUCUUAAAGAAAGCAGAAGAAAAGCUGCAGUUCAAAAGAAUCACAGGAGUCUCAUCCAGGAAGAGGAGGAGGAGGAGGAGGAGGAAGAAGAUCAGGACGAUUUUGAGGAGGAGGAGGAAGAGGAGGAGGAGGAGGAGGAGAUGUCUCCAAUGCUGUUGGGCAAGAGAGGUCCUCCGUGUGUUUCUCUGAACGACGAGGGAGUGAAGAAGCAGUGCACAUCGCAUCACCACACAGAGCAGCCUGUGAAGAGCGAGCAAGCCGGCAAAAGCAGUGAAGUGGGUGCACUCUGGCAGGAUAUAGGGGAGGGUCGUCGUGAGCAGGCGGCUCGUCUCCAGUCCGAUCUGGAUCUGAGCCACCGGGAGAACCGAGAGCUGCAGGAGAGGCUGAUGGUGUCUGAGGCCACAGUGCAAGCUCAGGCUGAACAACUGAAGGAGUACAGAGACCUGCUCACGGAGACAUCGGUUCAGCAGGCCAGUAAGCAGGUGCAGGUGGAUCUGCAGGAUCUGGGUUAUGAGACAUGUGGUCGCAGUGAGAACGAGGCUGAGAGAGAAGACGCCAGCAGUCCAGAGUUUGAUGACCUGGAGAUGUGCACGUCACUCUCCCAUCAGCAGGACUACGAUGGCGUGGGCGGGAGCUGGUACCCUGGCAGCAGUAACAACAGAGGUGCUUAUGAAGGGAGGGAUGAGUCAGCGUCUCUGGAGCAUCUGGUCAAGGAUCUGCGCUCACAGCUGACCCGGUGUCACAAGGUGAUCCGUGGGCUACAGCUACGUGUCCGCUCACUGUCGACCACCAGUGACUACGCCUCCAGUCUGGAGCGAACCCCACGGAAGGUAAACUGGGCCUUUGAGACCUCACCAGCCCCUAGUGGUGUAGAGGAGGAUGAAGGCUGGAUGUCCGACACCCAAGGGAUCCGCUCGGGCUCAAAGCCCGGCAGUGAACUCCAGGAGCUGAUGGCACGAGUUGCAUCACUGGAGGCGCAGCUAAAGAGCUCCAGACUGGAUGGCAAAGGUCAAGCAGAGGAGGGGAAGUGUGCUACUUGGCCUGGAAAGUACAACUCUCUGAUCCAGACUCAGGCACGAGAGCUGUCUCACCUGAGGCAGAGGAUGAGGGAGGGGCAGGGAGUCUGUCACAUCCUCACUCAGCACCUGGGCGACACGACCAAGGUCUUUGAGGAGCUGCUGCGGUCCAAUGACAUCGACUACUACAUGGGUCAGAGCUUCAGAGAGCAGCUGGCACAGAACUCUGCCCUCGCACAAAGAGUGGUCGCCAAGAUCAGAGGACGGGACCGUGCAGAGAGCCAUGAUGACAAGGCAGGCCAUGAGUUGCUUGCCUUAAGGCUGAGUAAGGAGCUCCAGCACAAAGACAAAAUCAUUGAGUCCCUCCACACCAAGCUCCAGCAGCGUCCAGAGACCCCAUCCAGCUGCCAGGCUCUCUCUGAGACCACGGACCAAUCAGACCGAACGUCUCUGGUUUCUGAUGAGUACAGGACCAACGAGGACUUGGAGCUGUGCUCUGAUUUAGAUGCCAGAGAGUUUCAGGAGGAGCAGCAUCAUGCCUCAGAACAAGACGCCCGUCCGUCCCUCCUUCCUACUCAUGGUCUCCUCAAGACCUCCAGCAGCUGUCCCAACAUGCACUGCUCAGCCCCUGUGGCUUUGAACAGUCAGUCCUCUACAGCCCUCUCCAGGCCGCCUGUCUCCUUCUCCCUCUCUGUCCCCUUUGGCCCUGUCGCCUGGGGUAAAGAAGUCCCUUCUGACCCCCAGCCCAGGGCCUUGUCUGUGAUCGCUGUGCGCCCCGAGCUGGACACACUCUACAAACAGAUGAAUGAACAGAACAGGGGCUUUGCAGUUCCCCAUGACCAGCCUCUGUACCCUCUUUCACCUGGAGCCCACAACAAGCACGACCUCUCCAGCAGCUACAGCCAGCUUUCCCAUCAUGCCUUUCAACAGUAUCAGCCGGGUGGAAUUCCCGGAAGCCACUCGCUGAAGUCUGACUCAGGUCUUGUGACGGGAGGGACUCUGUGGGACAUGGAAAACAUGGUUCAGCAGGUUGGAAGCUAUUCUGGAUCACCUGGACACCAGCAGCGAGACAGCCAUGCAGGUGUGAAUUUAAUAGAGGAGCACCUGCAGGAGGUGAGGUGUCUCCGUCAGCGCCUGGAGGAGUCCAUCAGGACCAACGAGAGGCUCCGACAGCAGCUGGAAGAGAGACUGGCAACUUAUAGGCAUGAAGGAGGGGCCCCAACAAACAUCUACAUUCAGGGCUUGGACUCAGUCACUCAACUGUCCAACGAGAUUCGAGUCCUGAAGGAGGAAAACUUGGCUCUACAGUCACGCAUCCAGGCCAGCACAGAUUCUUGUGAGGAGGUGGUGCAGCUGAGGGAGGCGGUGUUUACAGCACACGCUCGCUUGAAACAAGCGGAGUUGGAGGCGGAGCAGUGGAAGGAGGAGCUGAGACGGCUUCAGGCUCACAGUCAGGAGCAGGGCCAGCAGAUCCACAUGUUAAGGCAGGAACGCCAGAACAGUCAGGAGAAAACCAACAGGCUCCAGCACGAGGUGUCCCUGCUGCAGCAGCAGCUCUGUGAGAGCAGAGAGCUUAUCCACUCCCUGCAGAGUGAACUACAAGUGUACGACCGUGUGUGCUCCAGCACAAAGGCCAACAACAGUUACCUGUGUGAGCUUCCCGGUCUGCCAGUGGAGCUGGGGGAGCUGCUCGGGGAGGUGAGGAGUCUGCGAGCGCAGCUGCAAACCAGCGUCCAGGAAAACAGCGCCCUCAAACAGCUGGAGCUUCACAAGCAGCUUGAGCAGAAGCUUGGUGUGGUCUCUCCUCGCACCCCCUCCCUCUCUGCCCUCACUGCCAGCCCUCAGAGAGAAAACUUUUACAGGCGGCAGCUGCUGCACGACCCGGCUCCGUCUCCACCUGUCAGGGACAUUGGUCUGUUUAACUGUGGAUCUCCUGGUCCUCCCUACUCAGACCUGGACGACUGCCAUAGCACUGCCAAUGACCCUCUUGACCCUCACUCUGAGCUGGAGGGGGAUGCCCCUGACGGAUCCUUCGCAAACCGCAACGGCCGUCACGCCAUCGGUCAUGUGGACGACUUCAGCUCUCUGCAGCAGCAAGUCCUCGAGGGCUGCAGCCUGGUGCAGCGCAUGGAGACCACUCUUCAGGCCUGCCUUGGCCCACAGUUGCAAGAGGCGGGACAGAAGCAGAGCAAUGAGUUGAUCUUAGACUUCGGCUGCGUGAAGAGUCUUCUCUCCAACACGAAGACUCUGAGGCAGAUCCUGGAGGAGGCGAUGUCUCUGCUGAAAAUGUUCUGGAGAGCAGCUUUGCCCAGCACUGAUUCUUCCGUCCAAAACCUGAAGAAGGAGCAAUGCAUGCAUGAAGAGAUCUUGUCCCUGAAGCUGCGUGUGUCAGAGCAGGAGGAGGCUCUUAGAGGGACGAUUCAAAGACUGAGGAGCACCAGCCGCACCAAGGAGAGCAUGGAGCACUUCAUAGUCAACCAAUUGUCUAGGACUCGUGAUGUGCUGAAGAAAGCAAGAACUAAUUUAGAGAAGAACGAGCUGAGACUCUCCUCUCUAAGCUCCUCCUCUUCCUCCUCUUCUUAUGCUGCUGAGGACCCAGGAGGUGCUGCCAGAGAGCGGCCUGCUGAUCACAGUUUCCUGAAGAUCAGCUGUGCUCCUGGAACUGCAGCCAAUCAACGUCCAGCAGCGAGGAAGCGCAGCAGCCAAUGCCUGCUUUAGACUGUUUUAAAGAACCAGCGUAAAUGCCACCACCUCUGACCUCUUAAUUAAAUGAAAACAGCCACAACCCACCACCCCUCCCCCACACUUGCCUUUUACCCUUUGUCCCACCUUACCUCUGCCUUUAACUUCGUCCAGCCAUGAGUGCUUCCGACCUUCCCUUCUCCAGGCAACAUGUGCACCGUAUAAUCUGCACCUUUAGCCUUAUUAAACUCCCCUCAUCCCCCACCUGAGCUUAUUAUCUGCCUCCCCCCUCUCACACAUGAUGUGUUGUCUUUGAGUGUCACAGUCAGCAGUUUGCCUUGUCGAGUGUGUGACAGAAGAAAGUGUUUGAAACGUGUCUCUGGUGGUUUUAAGUGAUGUGUGUCCUACUGAUGGAGCUGGUGAAAGAUGCUCCUAGACACUGAUCUCAGACCAGGUGUGUGGUUUAAAUCAGGUUUGUAGCAAGCGUUUUAUAACAGAAAAUUGAACAAUAAAGGACCUAAUUGAGAAACGUACCUUAAUAACAAUCCAUAGACUGGAGAGAAAUCUGCGACAUAAAAAACAAGUCUUUGACAAAAACCCUGGAUCUGUAGCUUUGAGCAUCUUCCCCUGAGAGCCAGACAGACUGUGGACAGAAAAGAUGGUCAUGCAUGUUAAAUAUUGGCUUGUGAGAGGAAUUCUGCACACAUGAACACACAUAGUAAAAAAAAAAUAGCGACCACGUGUGGUGGAACACAGUUCACUCAAAGACAACACAUCCUCAAACUUUGACUGCCACAGAAAUGCAAGUUUACUUCUUGUGGUACUUUUAUUAACAGGGACAAUUUUUUUUUUUUUUUGCAAGUGCAAUGCAAAAAAACAGUGACUCUCAUCAAUGCAUCACUACACACCAUGAAGGAAUGUAGAGUAGUUGUGUACUAGCUAUAUCUGACUAUGAGUAGGAAGCUUAACAGUUGUUCAUCUGCCAUCAGAGAAGGCAGAAAAAGGUUCCAUUGGAGUGAAAUGCCUCCUUUUAUUUUCCUUUUAGGUCCUGGAGAUUUUUCUUUUUGGCAUCUUACUACUGAAUGUUACACUACUGAUUGAGUCAAAUACAAGAAGGUCAAUUUUAAUGCAACGACCUUCAUCAAUGUGAUUUGUUGUGAUUUUAAAAGAAUGUACACCAUAUAUUUAAAGAAAAAGACGUUGUGUGCUCCACACAGGAAACAGGCUAAACGCGUAUUCAAGCUCCUCUGUAGGAGUUCUCAUACGAGCAUGUGCAAUAAUGAUGUUGUUUCUUGAAUGAUCAUGCUGCACUGGAUUUAUUUUAUUCUUUCUUUGCUUGUCACUGGAUUUAUUAGUCACUCUCAUCAUAUUGUGUAGGACAGGAUCUGUGAUAACGAUUGUACUUUUAGUCUGAAGUUUUGAUGCAUGACAGAGAUAGAAAAUGGUACAAAAUCGAAGCCAAUACUUGCCAAAGUUUGAACUUUGAAAUCUUAACUUUCACUUUGACUUGCCUUGUCCAUGCGAAUGACAAACCCAGGUCUGAUCAGACUGCGGGGAUUCUGAGGUAUCUUCUUUUAGAGGACCUCCAAAACCACAGAGAUGGUAACCGUUAGAUUAUUUCAAAUUGUGCGACAGAAAUGAGCUCCUUUUUUUUGGACCAAAACUCAGAAGAGUGGAUUACUUUCCCACAAGGCCAAAUGUUAUUGUCUCAAUGUUAUUUAUCUUGGUUCAGGUGGCAUUAGCAUUCCCAUGGCAAUGGCAACAUAGGUAAUGAAGUUCAUAGAUUAUGCAAACUUUGGCAGGCUACUGGUGGGAUCAUUGUUCUUUAAUUCACUCGUUUAUUCAGCUUCACUUUUAGUUUGAUGUGUCUUGCUGUACAUUUUGCCAUUUUAUGCUGUUAAUAAUUCGCUUUUUCUGUAUGACAUUUUCGUCUGAGUGUGUGUGUGUGUGUGUGUGUGCGCGCAUGUGAAUACCAUCCAACAUUUGCUUUUUGCAAAGUUGAUUUUCUGGGUAGCUGUGCAAUAGCUUGAUAUCUUUAAUUUGAUGUUAAAGAUCAAAGUGUUACAAGUAUGUUUGCCACAUUCACCUUCUGCAAAGUGUGAGUUAUAUGCAGUGUGUGUUCGUAGGAUUGUGUCACUUUGAAAUCAAUUAGUCACAUAGGCUGAUAAGAAACCACAAACUAUGCCUUCAUGAUAUCUAAGUCACUGAUCACAAUAUCCUCCUCCUAUAACAAUGCUCUGAUAAAUGUUGCUUCGCUUGCCUUUGAAUUUAGCUAGAGCUUAUUCACUCUGCUCUCGCUGGUAGAAAUGGCCUUCAACUAGCGGUGUCUACCUGAGAUUUUUGGAAUAAGGUUUUGUUUGCGCUCGAGGCUUCAGAAAGAGACUAAAAGAUGCCAAGUAUUUCAAUCCUUGUGGAAAGUUUGAUAUUGCCUUUUGAAAUAAAAGAAGUUAAAGGGAACUUGUUUUGAAGAAUUGUCUACUGAUUAGAAUGAAGCCAGCAACUGGAAAGAUUGUUGGAUUCUUAAAGCACCUUGUAAGAGCGUAAACAAAGCCUUUUUGCUAUUUGUUACUAAAAAGGGAAUGAAACAGAAGUUUGAAAUGAUGUAGUGUUGAACCUGAGUUACGUAUGUAUAUAGUGCUAUUGGAUUGAUGCAGCUUCUAUGUGGUUGGAAAGCAGCUUUUUUUUCUUCUGGGUUUGUAAUGAACUAGAAAGCCGAUGCAGGACUCCUUUGAAUCCUGUCUCUGAAGACAGUUAACGGUUUGCUUUGUUGACAGAAGUAUUAUCAAUGAAAGAUUUUGAGACAGAUCGAAUAAAACACUUUUAAAGCGUG